AUGUCAUCAACAGCAACAUCAGCAGUCUCAAAGAUUACACCAUCAUUUGCACAAUACCUUCGCAGAAAGAUAUUCAAACAUGUACCACAUGGUAUCUUGACACAAUACCCAGAACAUAUAGUCAGAUCAUUACCAGAGACAUUUGUAAAGGAUUUACCUGUAGUACCAGCAGGUAUUGUAAAGAUUACAUUACAUAAAUCACCAUAUCAUAGCGACAAGGAGAUUCAAGGCACUAUUGCUGCAUUGGGUCUUAGAAAGAGAUACAGAUCUGUUUUCCAAAAGAAUACCCCUGAAAUUAGAGGAAUGAUUCACAAAGCCAGAACACAUUUAUCAGUCGAAGAAAUAAAUAAUAUCGGAGGCGAGGGUAUAGAUAGAGAGAUAUUUAUGGUGCAAAAAGAAAUGAAACAACAGCAGCAGCAGCAAAGAUUAAGAUUGGUUGAAUAA